CCCCAGGGGUUCCCCCCACACACUUUGGGACCCUUGUGGUGUCCCCACGUGGGGAGGUGCCCUGUCCCCCAUGGGUGACCCACUGUGCGGCUCUCCCCUCCCAGCGGGUCUGUUAUCUGUGGGCGCUGGUCCCCCGUAUCCCGGUAUCCGCUGCCUGCAGGGCCGGGCUGGGCUAUCGGGUCCGGCAGGCCCCUUCCCCCUCCAGCAGCAGGGCCCCGGCCCUAUCUCAUUAGCUCGAGAUUAAUGAGGCUUCUGCGCUGUCUUUAACUCCUUCCUGCUCGCUGGCUCCUGCCACCAGCUCCGCUGACCCUCUGCUCUGCUUCUCCCGGCAGGUUUGCGCCAACACGUGCCGAAACCCAAGCCAGAGGAGGACUAAGGGACACCAGACCCCGAGCGGGGUCCCCGAGCAUUGACCCUGGAAGGUGCCCGGUUGGUGACGGAGGCAGCGAUGUGCCGGGCCACAGCCGCUGCCUGUUGAGCCCAAGGAGGCUUCGGACACAUUCACCGGCAGCACCCUGACCCCGACGAGCAUCCCGGGAGCCCUCGAGCAAAGGAGGCGUCAGGGCAAGGCUGAGGGGGGCUGGGGGCACAUCCUGCUGCCCUGACCUGCCGGUGGUGGCCAUUCCUGCCCUGACACCCCACCAGCGCUGCAGCCCCUCGGCCACCCUCGCCCCCCCGGGCAGCCCCUUCGCAGGGCUGCCCCCUGCAGCCCGGCCCAGCCUUGGAGCACAGCAGCGUGCCGGGCGCUGCCCCCCGCGCCCCACGGGCGCUGCCCCACGGGUGCGUUGCCCCCCGUGCCCCCGGGGACCCGCCGCCCGCCGGCAGAGCCAUGAAGCUGCAGGCGGUGAUGGAGAACCUGCAGCGGCAGCAGCGCGCGCGGCUGCAGCAGGCGCUGGAAGCGCGGCAGCAGGAGCAGCAGCAGCAGCAUCGCUCCACGUCUCCCCCGGCGCAGCCCCCGCCGGGCCCGGGGCAGCCCUCUGCCAGCACCCCGGCCCGUGCCCGCAGUCAGGAUGCGGCCCCAGCGCCCUCGGAGGAAGGAGCAGAGCCCGAGAGCGCACACAUGCAGCGGGCACAGAUGGCCGCGCUCGCUGCCAUGCGGGCGGCAGCUGCCGGCCUCAGCCACUCGUCCAGCCCCGGGCCGUCGGAUGAGAGCCAGGCCUCGGAGGAGGAGGAGGAGGAGGAGCACGGCGAGGAGGAGGAGGAGGAUGGCGGGUACCAGCAGGAGAUGGGCUCUGAGGAGGAGGAGGAUCUGAAGGGCAAGUGGGAUGAAGAUGACUUUGAAGAGGACCUGGGUGAGGAGGAAGAGGAAGAAGAGGAGGAGGAGGAAGAGGAAGACUACGAGGAGGAGGAAGACAUGGGAGAGGAAGGGCUCGGCUCAGCAGAGGCGGUGCGGGCCGGCGCGGGCUCCCUGCUGCUCCGCAAGCCGCCGGCACCGCAGCACUACCGGGGUGAGCCGCAGCGGGUGCCGGGCGGGCAGGAGCGGCUCCCCCCGGGGCCGGGCCAUGCGCAGCCCCCCCCACCAGCACCCGACCAUGGCGACUGGACCUACGAGGAGCAGUUCAAGCAACUGUAUGAGCUGGACGGUGACCCGAGGAGGAAGGAGUUCCUGGAUGACCUCUUCAGCUUCAUGCAGAAGCGAGGGACCCCCGUCAACCGGAUCCCCAUCAUGGCCAAGCAGGUGCUGGACCUGUACAUGCUGUACACGCUGGUGACGGAGAAGGGCGGCCUGGUGGAGGUGAUCAACAAGAAGCUGUGGCGGGAGAUCACCAAGGGGCUGAACCUGCCCACCUCCAUCACCAGCGCUGCCUUCACCCUGCGCACCCAGUACAUGAAGUACCUGUACCCCUACGAAUGUGAGAAGCGAGGGCUGAGCAACCCCAACGAGCUGCAGGCGGCCAUCGACAGCAACCGGCGGGAGGGCCGCCGGCAGGGCUUCGGCAGCUCCCUCUUCACCUACUCGCCCAGUGGCACCCAUGGGCUCCUCUCCUCCCCAAAGCUGCCGGUGCCGGCACUGGGGUUGGCCUCUGCCACCAACGGCGGGUCCAUCGCUCCCGUCCAGAAGAUCAAGAAAGAGGAGGACUCCCCCAUCCCCAUCUCCGUGCCCAGCCGGCUCCCGGUCUCGCUGGCCGGGCACCCCGUGGUGGCAGCGCAGGCGGCCGCGGUGCAGGUGGCAGCGGCGGCUCAGGCCGCGGCGCUGGAGCAGCUGCGGGAGAAGCUGGAAUCGGGGGAGCCCCCGGAGAAGAAGAUGGCGCUGGUGACGGACGAGCAGCAGCGGCUGAUGCAGCGGGCGCUGCAGCAGAACCUCCUGGCCAUGACGGCCCAGCUGCCCAUGAGCAUCCGCAUCAACAGCCAGGGCACCCGCUCGCCAGAGAACCGCCAGGACUCAGCCACCGGCCUGAGCAGCAACGGCACCAACAGCAUCAGCAUGUCGGUUGAGAUCAACGGUAUCGUCUACACAGGUGUGCUGUUCGCCCAGACGCCCGGCCCUUCCUCCUCCUCUUCCUCCUCCUCCUCCUCGCUCCCUUCCUCUGCCUACAGCAAAGGCAACGGUGGUGGCAGCGGAGGCAGCCGGACCAGCGGCAGCGGUGGCAGCGGGGUGGGCAGCGGCGGUGGCGGCGGCGGCAGCGUUCCCACCGCGGCACCGACCAGCCUGGCCGUGCCCCCCACUUCUACCUCCAACAACGCUUCGCCUUAACACCCCCGGCCCCUGCAGCGGGGCCUCACCGGGGUCUCAUUGGGGUCUCACCGGGAUCUCACCGGGCUCUGCCCAUGUCCUCGUGUUGUUGGGUUUCCCUUCACAAACCAGAAAAGCUUUAGCCCGGGGGGGGGGCUUUGCCGGAGCCGCCGGUUUGUCCCGCUGCGCCGCGCCGGUCCGGGACCGUUUACCUCACUCACAUCACACUUUGCACUGUACAUUUAUUAUUAUUAUUAAUUAUUAAUUAUUAUUUUUGACCUCGUGUUACCUCCAGACAGACGCACGGACGCCUGCCAACGCGAGCUUUAGUGAAACCCCCCCUCCGGUGCACUCUCUAAAGGCAAAAAAAAAAUAGACGAAUUGGGAAUAUCAGGAGAUAUUUUAUCCAUUUAGAUCCUUAUUUAGAUCCUUUUCCCCCAUCCCCGAUCCUUUUCUUUCGAGGACUCACUAUAUGGGGUUUUAAGAGGUUGUUGUUUGAUUGUUUCGUUGUAAAUAGCUUCUAUUUUAUUCUCAGAAAGAAGAAUCAAACUUUAACAUGCAAAAUGAUAUAUAUUAGUGGUCAUCAGGGAAACAGGAGCUUGGAAAACUGGGAAAUCUGUAGUGGAAACUGGGAAAGCUUUAGUGGAAAGCCUGAUUUUUAUUCCUUCCCCCGUUAUACUACUGUGGAAAGCCCAUUUGGGCAUCUUUUCCUCCCCAAAACAAGCAGCGUGGUGAGAGCAGGAGCCAGGAGAUGUUUGCGGGGGGGGAGGAUUGGCUUAAAUAGCCAGUUAGCAAUGGGAUGCAGGAGCUUGUAUCCGUGAUGGGAAUGCUCAAGGACCAGGGGGCUGUGGGAUGCUCCGGUCCUUCGGGACCUCCGGAGCAUCCCCCAGCCCUAAGGAUGUAUUUUAAGCAUCUUUCUCUCCCCAUUCUGCCACGUUGAGGAUUUUCCCACUUUUUUAACCUUUCCUUGUCCCCCCUCCAUCCCAAAACAUCUGCGUGAGACACAAUCACGACCCGAUACCGAAACCCCACCAUUGCCCCCAACUCGGUAUCUCAAGUCCUCAGGUUCCCACCUCAAGCACAGGGUGGGUUGUUUUUCCCCCCCUUCCCCAGGUGCCUGGUGGGGGGGGGGUCCUAUUGCUGUUGGACCACCCCCCCCUUUUCUUUUCUUUUCCCUUGGGGAAGAGGCGAUCUCAGGGGAUUUGGGGCUUUUCCAGCUUGUUUUUAGCCUCUUUCCACAGCUGGAAGUGCCCCUUAGUGGCUCCAUGGACCCCAUCCCUUAUGGGGGGGGGGGGAGAUGAUGCAGGGGAGGGAUCCAUCCCCCCCCACUGCUGUAAGAUCCAGCUCUCCACAAGGAGAAAUCCCAAAGGGGAGGGGGGUGGGUUCUUAUGCCCAGGGUGGGCUUUAGAUUCUUUUCAGUGACUUUUUGCUUUGUACAGUCACCGUUUUGGGUUGGUUUCUUUAUUUUUCAUGAUUUUCACCCCUCCCCCUUCUCCCCCCGCCCCCCGUUUUUUUUUUGGCUUUUUUUUUUUUUUUUUUUUUUUAGAGAACAUAUUACCUCCCGCUGGAUUUUUUUUUUUUCAUUUCUUUUUACAUAUCGAUUUAAAAAGAAAAUAAUAAUAAUAAUAAUAAAAAAAGAAGCCUAAAUCAGUUUCUCUGGGGUUUAGAAAAGCAAAACUAAAAGGAACGGACUCAGCUGCAGCCGCACGGACCCAGCGAGCGCAUCUUAACUCAGGUAAAAAUAAGAAAGAAGAAUUAAAAAGGCAUAAAAAAAAAAAAAGACAAAAAAAAGAAUAGGAAUAAAAACCACAUUCUACCUCUGCGAGCGGCGGCCUCGGGCGCACCCGGGCCCCCGGUGAAAGAUUUCAGUUUUGCAAACAUUCAGGUAUUGAAACUUUUGAUGAUUAAUUACUAAAAAAAGAAGGAAAACGGGGAAAAAAAAAAAAAACCAAAAAAAAAAAAACAACGAAAAAAAAAAAUAAUAAAAAAAAAGAUUUAAAAAAAAGAAAAAGAGAAAAUAAAAGAAAAACCACUGAAAGUUUACAUUUUAUAAUAACAUUAUUAUACAGAUUGUAUUUAAACGUCAGAAUAUUUAAGACAAUUGUAACCCUGUAAAGUUGAUGAAAUAUUAAA